AUGGUGGCGUAUGGACAGAUAGUAAUAGGACCUCCAGGGUCUGGGAAAAGUACAUAUUGCAAUGGUAUGAAUCAGUUUUUGUCAGCCAUUGGACGAAAAAACUGUGUUGUAAAUUUUGAUCCAGCUAAUGAUCGAUUGCCAUAUGAGAAGAAUUGUGAGUUGGAUAUUCGAGAUUUCAUAACGGUUGAGGAGGUGAUGGUUGAAAAUGAGAUGGGCCCAAAUGGAGGGUUGAUGAUAGCGAUUGAGGAGCUUAAUUCGAAUCAAGAAUUAAUUGAGGGAUUGAUCAAGAAGUUUGAACAGUUGAUAAAGGAGAAAAACUAUUUUAUAAUUGAUUGUCCCGGACAGGUUGAAUUGUUUACUCACCAAUUGUCAUUGAAUUUGAUAUUCAAGAAGUUGGAAAAGAAAUUUGAUUUCAGAUUCGUCGUCAUCAAUUUGGUUGAUUCGGUUUAUAUUACAGAGGUCUCAUCAUAUAUUUCAGUGCUACUAUUGUCAUUACGGUCAAUGUUACAGUUGAAUUUCCCGUUUUUGAAUAUAUUCAGUAAGAUUGAUUUAAUUCAUCAGUAUCGAGAGUUGCCCUUUAGAUUGGAGUAUUAUACAGAGGUCCAAGAUUUGCAAUAUUUGAUUAAUAAUGGUGAAGAUAAUCAAGAAGAUGAAAAUGGUAAUGAGAAAAACCAAUAUAGCUUGAGAACCAAGUUUAAAGGGUUGACCGAGGCAAUUGCAGAAUUAAUUGAGGAUUUUCAGUUGGUUUCAUUUGAAGUCUUGAGUAUUGAGAAUAAGAAGAGUAUGAUCAACAUAUUGAACAAGAUUGAUAAUUGUAAUGGGUAUCUAUUUGGAAAUAGCGAGAUCAGCGAUGACUUGAUCUGGUUACAGGCUACAAGACAAGGUGGAAUAAUAGAAGAGAAUCUAAGUGUAAGUAUUCACGAAAGAUGGAUUGAGAAUAAAACAGAGUAUGAUGAACUAGAGAUGAAAGAAGAAAAGGAGAAACAAGAGCAACUGAAAAGAGAAAGUGAAAAAGUAGCCAGCCAAGACGAGCUAAAUAUGGCUAUGGAAAAUUGGGAAAGCAUGGGCAAUCCCAAUGACACUAAGGUUAUUCAUAAACACCAAAAGAAAUAA